AUGGCGUCCAUGUUCUCAAUAUUUCUUGUUUCCAUCACAAACAUGUGUUUGGUGUCCGGGGUUCUCUUUAACGCAGCGCUUUACAAACCAGCUUUUAUGAGCUCUGUAAAUCGUGACUGGAAUGCUGAGUGCGCAAAUGAUGGGAACGCUAAUGUCUAUGUAUACAGUGGAUCAUGUGCGCAUUCAAUUCUUGACAACCCUGGAUGGUGGAUGGUGGAUCUGAGGGGCCAGUACAAGAUAGAGCAGAUUGUACUAGUAAACAGAGGCGAUGAUCCCGCUGGAGCUAAUAGAACAAAAAACUUUACCUUCGAUGUGUUUAAAGAUGACCCACGAUUAUCAGGUGACUUUCCAAUGAAGCUUGGCCAAGUGUGUUACACGAGAAUUGAGCCAGUUGGUCGGGCAGAGACAUUCACACAGAGCUGCACAGCACCAAUAGUUGGAAGAUUUGUCAGAUUUGUCAGGUACUCCCUCGAUAUGUUGAAUUUCUGUGAGAUAAAAGUCAUGACCAGUACAGUGUUGUUUCUGGAGAAUAACUUUAGUGUGAAGAGUAAUUUUCGUCUGCAAAUUACCCCUCUAUCAACCACCUACACAGGGGACCCUUCGCUCUGCAUAUUGCUGUGUCUACAGCGUCGUGACAGCGAUACGUGCACCGCCGUCAACUGGAUUCGAACCACGAAACAGUGUCAGAUGUUGAAAGUCAACCCACGGAACGUUACUUCCUAUGUAGAUGACCCUAACAGUGACGUUUACGUAGAGAUGUAGAAGAUAAAUUAAAGUUUUUUUUUUCACACACGUCAAAGUGACUCUACUAAAAAAUUGUCUGACAAAAUUAGUACAUCUAUAUUAAUACAAAAUAAAUAAAUACUGUACAAACCAACCUUUCUAUAACACUACCAAUGUUUGUAGACAACCCUGCUUUACCGCCUCCCUCUUGUCUAUAGUUUUUUCUUUCUCUCUAUAUAUCCCUCUCUGCCUCUCUAUGUUUGUAGCAUUUUGUCCGAGGCUAUGAGAUAAAGUGCAUAAAGUAAAGCAAAGUUAUUAUGUUGAAUACAAUAGGCUAAUUAUUAUUAAUGUAUGCAGUAAUUCUUUUUCCAAAAAUCCCUAAAACAUACAAGAUUUAAAUGAAAGUAAAAACAAAACACACGAUAGUUUAUUGUUUUUCAAACACUACGUCUUAAAAAUAAUUCCAAUUUCAAAAUUUAGAUGUCUUUUAAUUUAUAUUGC